AACCUCGCUCGCGGGGGUGUUCAAAUCUUUGUUUAAUUGUUGGAGGUCGAAAGCAAACCCGGGUAUCGCGCGGUCCAAUUCUUAAAUGAUAUCCCCGUACGGCGUUGAAGAUCGUGGCAACGUUGCUCCCCCGACAUCUAUCUCUCCAGCAUCAUCUACCGUGAUGCUUGGGUUGUCUCCCACCUCCCCCUCCUCCCCCCCAGAACAGAAAGAACACACUUUGGCAUGAGCCGCCCUGAAAUUCCAAUCUUGAACGUUUCAAUUCGUCAGUUCUGGUUUAACCCAGAAGAAAAGUUUCGGUUUUUGGCCAAGUUUUUCCGUCUUGAAAGCUUGUGGCUGUUGUUUGAGAAUACCCAAAAGCCAAAAGGAUCAGUCUUUGUCCUUGAAAGCUUUUCAUCGACCCCACUUGCCCCGGAAAUAAGAUAGCAGAGACUUGUCGUUUGUUGCCUCUCUCUCUCUCUCUCUGCAUGCUGGGUGACUUCCAUGGAUAUCAAUCCUCCAAACGCUGCUUCCCUCUUUGCAGAUCAAAAGUGUAGAAAAUCUAGUUUCUGUAACUUCUUUCCUGCAGCAUCUUUGUUUUGUCUAGGACUCUUCAUCGGGAGUGCGCUGUUGGCAUCAGAUUACAAAGAGAAAUUCUCAGGAUGGGAUUGGAGGAUAAUUGAUAAAUCACAGAGCUCUAACACCAGCACUUGUGCAAAUCGUCGCAGACCACGUGGAAGUGAGGCCUUACCAGAAGGUAUUGUUGCCAGUUCUUCUGAUUUGGAAAUGAGGCCGUUGUGGGAUUCUGCAGAGGGCUCUCUUAGUUCUUCGUCUAACUUGUUUGCAAUGGCUGUUGGAAUCAAGCAAAAGGAUCUUGUAAAUAAAAUGGUUACAAAGUUUCUGUCAAAUGAUUUUGUGGUGAUGCUUUUCCACUAUGAUGGUGUUGUUGAUGAGUGGAAGGACUUAGAAUGGAGUGAUCGCGUCAUACAUGUAUCUGCAUUUAACCAAACUAAAUGGUGGUUCGCCAAACGUUUCCUUCAUCCAGAUAUAGUUGCAGAAUACAAAUAUAUUUUUCUGUGGGAUGAGGACCUAGGAGUUGAAGAUUUUCACCCCGACAAGUAUAUCUCUAUUAUCAAGACCGAAGGGCUUGAGAUAUCACAACCAGCCCUUGAUCCAACCAAAUCAGAGGUGCAUCAUCAAAUCACUGCACGUGGGAGGAGAUCGGUUGUACACAGGAGGACUUUCAAGCCUGGUGGUCCUGGUAAAGGUUGUGGUUCGAACAGUACAGCUCCUCCAUGCACUGGGUGGAUAGAGAUGAUGGCUCCGGUUUUCUCUAGAGCUGCCUGGCGCUGUGUAUGGUAUAUGAUUCAGAAUGAUUUGAUCCAUGCUUGGGGCCUAGACACACAACUUGGUUACUGCGCUCAAGGUGAUCGAAUCAAGAAUGUAGGCAUUGUGGAUGCUGAGUAUAUAGUGCAUUAUAAUCGGCCGACACUCGGCGGUGGCAUUGAAAACAAGUCGGACUCACAGUCACAUAACGAUACUUCUGAGACUGAAAAAGUGGAAUCAGAGGCACAAUCAAGGUCUCAUAAACAUGAUCCUAGAGUUGAAGUGAGGAGGCAGUCAUAUAUCGAACUCGCAAUAUUCAGAAAAAGAUGGAAGAAAGCUGUCAAGGAAGAUGAAUGUUGGACUGAUCCGUACCCUCAAGCUGCAAAGGACAAUAUCAUGGCCUAAUGUCCAGCAAUGCUCCUCUUGAGAAGAAUUCUUUAGAUUGAUGGCUAUACACAAUGCAAAGAGGACCGAGGCUGCAGUCGAUUAUAGGCAUUGAGAAGAUAAGCCUCGUAUCUUAAAGCAUAGUUUAUGCAGUGCCGGGGCUUCAAAGGUACCAUGUACAUCGUGCCGCUGCUCCUGUAUAUAAUUGAAUCCUCCUUUUCAAUUGCAAGGUUGAUGAUUAGGUUGCGAGGUAAA